ACUCCAGAAGAAGCAGCAACCUUCACCUGCACAGACAUGGCUCCCUGCUCCACCAACUACUCCUCUAUUCAUCAGAUCAGGAUCUCUGAGAAAGACAACAUUAAAUUAAGAAAACCUGUUGUGGAGAAAAUGCGCAGAGAUCGCAUCAACGUUUGCAUCGAGCAGCUCAAGGCCAUCCUGGAGAAGGAGUUCCAGCAGCAUGAGCCCAACUCCAAGCUGGAGAAAGCAGACAUCCUGGAGAUGACUGUGAACCUCCUGAGACAGCAGCUUCAGCCGGGCCUCUGUCAGAGCGACUACAGCCAAGGCUUCUCCUUCGCUCCUCUGCAGGGCUUCCAGCAGCAGCAGCAGCACCACAGAGCCAGCAGCUCCUCCUCAGUCUGCUCCACCCUCAGGCCCACCAUGCUGCAGGACAGCAGCAGCAAGGGCCCAGUGUGGAGGCCUUGGUCUGAAACACAGCCAUUCUGAGACCUGAGGGGCUCUCCCUCACUAUGUAGGAAAUAUAUUUCCAGCCUGCUCCUUCAUGGUGUUUUUAGUGUUUCAUCAUAUUGAUGAUAAGAUAAGUAAGAAGGACUCUAUCCUUUAAUCCCAAAUUCACACUGGAGAUCAUUCAAUGUAUGCAACAUCUUUCAGAAUCAACCUGCAUCGCAGUGAGGUUGUCUCUGGUGUUUUGUUACUUGAUGUAACUGAAAAUAUAUAUAUUUUAUGUAUAAAGUUGAACUUGUUCUAAAGUUUUAGAGGUAUGUCACAUUGUCUUUGAAAACACAGUACUUUACUGUUGUGACCUAUUUGCCUUUAAUAAAGGAAGAAGGUAUCUGCCUAAAUGCAGCUCAUGUGUGCUGUGUAUUCUUUUGUAAUGCACUGCACUGUAAGUAAAUGCCAAGUGUUGAAAAAUUGAUUUUAUUGUGAAACAUAUUGUUUUGUUUGAAAGCGUGGAACUUAAUGCACUUUGGAUUUCAAUAAACAUUUUGUGAUCUACUUA